CACCGCUGCCAGGUGGGGUGACACAGCUUCUAUAAUCUAUCUGGAAGGGACAGCCCGUUGCCUUUUUGUCGACUUUCCUAUAUUUACUGUCUUUUCCAUCCGAUUUCUCUUUCCAGGGGCAUUUCCACCUAGCAUAAAUAUCAUGGCUUGUGAACAGGUGAUCGUUACCCUCACCCCGGUCUACUCGCCGGAUACCCUUCCGUUUAGAUCUCUAGCCUUCUCAUCGAACAACGAGACUAUACCCAUCGGUAGAGCGUCCAAAUCGGAGACCAAGAACCUCGUUCCAGGUCAUGAUAAUGGCUGGUUUGAUUCUCGAGUUAUGUCCCGUGAUCACGCUGUGAUCAGUGUCUCAAUGGAGAAAAAGGCGGUGUAUAUCCGUGACCACGGCUCCCUUCACGGAACUCAACUCAAUGACGUGACUAUCACUCCUAAACAGAAUGUUACUGUCAAGAGUGGGGAUGUCUUGACCUUUGGUAAUGAGAUAUCACGGGGCACUCAAACCUUCCGUCCUGUUGCUGUUCGUCUGGAUUGCGAAUGGCACGAGAAGCCUAUUGCACCGUCUCCCACAAAGCCAACUGUGAACACUUUCAGGGUCCCUGAUGAAGAGGAUGAUAUAGUCGAGGUUGUCAGUUAUAAAGAAGUCGCACAGCAAAAUGCUAUGCAAUGGGCUUCUGAUUCUUCUGACGUGGAUUAUGGAAGCGAUAUGAGCCGACCUCUCGAUUUGACUUCUCCCAUCACCUCGCCUGAGAUCAAGACCUCCCAAUUGCCCAAACAGCAAGCUUUCGAGGCUGGCAAUGCUGCUAGUGUUCAACAGACCAGUGUGACAACCAGUGAAGCAGCGAACCCUCCAUCCAGCCCACCUGCUCAGUCAGAAGAUGAAGACCAGUCUGGAUCUGAGGCAGAGGAGGAUGACGGUAGUGAUUCCGAUGACUCGGCAGGCGAAGAUACGAGGAAAGUCUUCGAUGAUGAAUCAGAAGCGAGCGAUGACGGCCAUUAUGAAGGCAGUGACUGGGAUGAACAGGAGGCCGACCUUGCUGGUGUCCAGGCACCUCCUUUUCCUUCCUUUCAGGGUAGUAUGGCUCCACCAUUUGCGGGCCUCAAUGCAGGCAGCGGGGAAGUCAAACCCUCUACUCGUGAUGAAAUUCAACCCAUCCCACCGAUGCCAACUCUAGAGGAGGUGAAUAAUAUGCUAUUCCAGACUAAAGAGUCAGCUUCUGCCGUGCCAGAGCAGUCGCGUAUCAGCACUGCAUUCCCUCAACAAGGCUUCACAUUCCCAGAAUAUUCCUUUCCACGCAUUCCUACUCCUCCACGCAUCCCUAGCCCGUCAGACAAGGCCAUGGCAAAGCCAUUGGGCAUUCCAGCAGCCCCUGCACCAGCUCCUGUGUAUCACCCUUGUAGCAACUUUUCGCGUGGCCUCGCAGCCCCCAAGCAUGGUCUUCUCAAACCAACUCUUCACAACACCGGCGGCCUUGGAUCCAGCAAUGCGAACGAGUCGUUCCCUUUCGGUCCUCAUCGGUCAUCGGGAUAUUUACGCAACUUCAACAAAGUUCCAGACGAUGGCCGGCCUAGUUGGCUUCACGAUACCAUUUCGUCGCGUCGAUCAAGCAUUGAGAACCCCGAACCUUUGAAAAAGGCCGAGAAGCUUCCGACCGCACCUAAAACUCGAGUACCAGCUUCGGGUAUGGUUGGAGCAUAUACUCAAGACACCACUGCAGCUAUCAUGAAUUUGAAACGCAAGGUAGACGAGUAUCUCGCUGAUCUCAAUCAGACUCCUAAAGAGAUUGGCAAUACUCAAGAUAGUAUCGCAGAUGCACAGCCCCGGCCCAAUAUGCAGGCUCUCGAGCUCACGCAGUCACAAGGUACUGAUACUCAGUCCCUCCAAGAAGUUGCGCAGACCAGCCCCAAGAAGAACCCCCGUAAGCGAGUCAAAACACAUCAAGCUUACACGUUCAUGAAGUACGCAGCAAUAGCGGCUGUGGGCGCUGCUGUUGGCAGCAUUGGUACUAUUGCUGGUCUCUCUUCUCUUCCUGCAGAUUACUUUAGCUAGUCUCCGUCAAGACUCCUUCCUGACUCUACUUUAUGUUGGGGAUACAUCAGAGUGACUAUGAACGGAUCAGAUGGUUACGACGCAAUGAUACCUUUUUUCUAUUUUCCAGAUUACUACGAUGGCGUUGAACGGGGCGUUUAACAUGACGGUGUUUCUGAGCUUCUCAGGUUGCAGGAUGGAAUGGGGACAUGGUCUGGAUAGGAUGGGACACGAUACGACAUGUGCUGCAUAAGGGAAUUAUAGCUUGCACCCGUGGAGGAGUUUCAAGGGCAUGUCUCCCUUUCUUCCUUCCUAUCUCCUUUGUUUGUUUGUUUUCUUCUUUUUUUCCCUUUUCCUUUGUCGUGACAUGCGGCCAUUUAAUUUAGGGGUAGUAUGCCUAGGAAAUCUCAAUUUUACUCUUGACUGCAAUGUUC